AUCAUUCAUCCUCCCAACCCAAGAAGCUUUCUGUCUCAUUUGCAUAAGAGGUGGUGAACAAGUCGUCCUCUUCUAUACAGAGAAAAAAAAGUCAAUAUAAUACAGAAAGCCAAACACUGCCAGAAAAACAAAAAUGUCAGAUGAAGAACAUCACUUCGAUUCCAAAGCUGAUGCUGGAGCAUCAAAGACUUUCCCUCAGCAAGCUGGUACUAUCCGCAAAAAUGGCUACAUAGUUAUCAAGAAUCGUCCCUGCAAGGUUGUGGAGGUCUCUACCUCAAAGACAGGGAAACAUGGACACGCCAAGUGCCACUUUGUGGGAAUUGAUAUAUUCAAUGGAAAAAAGCUUGAAGAUAUUGUUCCUUCAUCCCACAAUUGUGAUGUUCCUCAUGUGAAUCGUACUGAUUAUCAGCUGAUUGAUAUCUCUGAAGAUGGCUUUGUGAGUCUUUUGACUGAAAAUGGAAACACCAAAGAUGAUCUGAGGCUUCCCACCGAUGAAAAUCUGCUUAGCCAGAUUAAAGAUGGGUUUGCUGAGGGGAAGGACCUUGUGGUGACUGUUAUGUCUGCAAUGGGAGAGGAGCAGAUCUGUGCUCUUAAGGAUAUUGGUCCUAAGAAUUAAAAAUGAUGCUAUAGCAUUAGCCAUAGCUGAUGGUGAAACAAUCUAUUUAUGUUUGCUGAUAGAGAAUUUUAUCUACUAUGAAUAUGUACAACAAACUUUUAUUAAGAUGGUAUUUUAGCUUUGUAAUCAAGACUCAUAAGGCUUGUAAUGAAGGAGAUGGGAAGGGAACAGGAGCUGCUCAUUUCUCGAUCGAGCAAACUUGUGUGUCGGCAGGAUGGAAUAUAUAUUUAAAUAUUUUGAUUUUACCGGCUUCUGUGGAUUUCAGAUAAAUAAAGGUAUGUGUGAUGACCAUAUCUUUUCCAGCUUGAUGUUGAUAGUUCUAAAAUCCUAUGGAUGGUUUAUAUUAUUAUUUAAGGAAGAUGUUUCAUACCAGAGUUCAA